AUGGCUAGUAUAAGGAUUUUGGCCAUCUUGUUGGGCUUGCUUGGCUCACAAAUCCAUCAAUCAGAAGCUGUCUGUGGCUAUGAGUCAUGUCCUGAAACAAAGUCAAAUAUGAUUAAUAUUCACUUGGUGCCCCACUCCCAUGACGAUUUGGGUUGGCUAAAAACGGUUGAUCAGUAUUAUUAUGGCAACAAACAUAACAUUCAGCAUGCCGGUGUGCAGUACAUAUUCGAUACUGUGGUUGCCGAACUUAGCAAGGACUCUCGUCGUCGCUUUAUCCAAGUGGAGACGGGAUUCUUUGCCAAAUGGUGGGAGGAUCAGUCGGAGACCAAGAAACAACUGGUCAAGAAAUUGGUUAACGAAGGACGUCUGGAAUUCACCGGUGGAGCAUGGAGCAUGAAUGAUGAAGCUGCCGUGAACUACCAAAGUGUAAUUGAUCAGUUUGCCGUUGGUUUGAAGUUUCUGAAUGAUAACUUUGGAGUUUGUGGACGCCCCAAAGUUGGCUGGCAGAUCGAUGCCUUCGGACACUCUAGGGAACAAGCUUCCAUGUUUGCCCAAAUGGGUUUCGAUGGACAGUUCUUUGCCCGCAUGGAUCAGAAUGACAAGAACAAGCGAGUGGACAAUCUGGGCCUCGAAAUGAUUUGGGAUGCCAGCGAAACCCUCAAGGAGAUGGACUUUUUCACUGGAAUGCUCUACAAUCACUACUCGGCACCUCCUGGCUUCUGUUUCGAUUCCCUCUGCCAAGAUGAUCCAAUUAUUGAUGGAAAGAGCUACGAUAAUAACGUUAAGUCCAGGGUGGAUGAUUUUCUUAACUAUGCCUCCAGAUUGGCUGGAUAUUAUCGUGCCAACCACAUUAUGGUGCCAAUGGGCGAUGACUUCCAGUACGAGAAUGCCUACAUGAACUACAAGAACAUGGACAAACUUAUCAAGUAUGUCAACGAGCGCCAGGCAAGCGGCUCCAAGUACAAUAUUUUCUAUUCAACCGCGGGAUGUUACUUGAAUUCGCUGCACAAGACCCUGCAAAGCUGGCCAAACAAGACCCAGGACUUCCUGCCCCACUCUCAUGAGGCCAAGAGCUUCUGGACCGGCUUCUUCACCUCUCGUCCAACUCAAAAGCGAUUUGAGCGCGAUGGCAACCACAUGUUGCAAGUAGCCAAGCAACUCAGUGUGCUUGCCGAUCUUUCCGGCGAGGAACAAACCAAGGACCUGGAUUAUCUACGCCAAAUAAUGGGUGUUAUGCAGCACCACGAUGCCAUCACUGGAACCGAGAAGCAAGAGGUGUCCAAUGACUAUGAUCGACUGCUGUAUGAUGCCAUCUUGGGAGGUGCUAAUACAGCCCGCGAUGCUCUUCGAUUACUCACCAACCAGCCGAAUGGAGAGUUCGAAAGCUGUCUGCGAUUGAAUAUCAGCGAGUGUGCUUUCACCAAAGAGAACACUGAUAACUUUGUAGUGACUUUGUACAACCCACUAGCCCACACUUCCACUCAGUAUGUUAGGGUGCCUGUGAAGGAGGAGAUCUACCAGGUGACCGAUGCAAAGGGUAAUGUGGUGGCCUCUGAAUUGGUUCCAGUUCCUUGGCAAGUUCUGGCUUUGGAGUUCCGCAACAACGAUACUCAGCAUGAGUUGGUCUUCAAGGCAUCUGUGAAUAAGAUUGCAAGUUACUAUAUCAAGAAGGUUGACAAAGAGGAAAGCGAUCUGUUAACUCAAGUCAAACAGUCUGUCUAUGGAGAAUAUUCCAACUUGGAGGUACCCAAUCGAUUUAAGAAGGUUCACUCACUGAAAACUGCUGCUGAACCUUACGAUGAUGAAGAGACUGUGGUCCAAAAUUCGCUUAUCAAACUGGUAAUUGACAACAAAACAGGACGCUUGAAGACCGUUGAGAUGAAUGGAGUUUCCGAAAACAUUGACCAGAACUUUGGAAUGUACAAGACAGCCCGUUCCUGCCACUACAUUUUCCGCCAGGAUGCUGACCUGGAAGUUCUGGAAGACGCUUUUGAUUUCACUGUAUACGAAGGAGAUUCCGUGAAGGAAGUCCACCAGCAGAUGAACGAGUGGAUUUCGCAAGUGAUUCGCAUCUACGAAGGCGUCAACCGAGUGGAGUUCGAAUGGCUGGUUGGUCCAAUUCCAAUUGACGACGAGCUGGGCAAGGAGAUUGUCACCAUCUUCAAGAGUGGAAUUUCCUCCAAUGGAGUUUUCUACACCGACUCAAAUGGCCGUGAGAUGCUCAAGAGGGAGAAGGACAAGAGGGAGGACUUUAGUCCCGAUCUGAGUGAACAGCCCGUGAGUGGCAACUACUAUCCAGUCACCUCCAGGAUGGCUCUGCAGGAUAACAACAAGCGAUUGGUCCUGCUCAAUGAUCGUUCUCAGGGAGGAGCCUCUUUGGAGAACGGUCGUUUGGAAAUGAUGCUGCAUCGUCGCCAUAUUUUCGCCGAUGGCUCAGGAGCUGCGGAAGCCAUCAAUGAACAGCAGUUCGGAAAAGGUCUGAUCGCCCGCGGAAAGCUUUUCCUCUCUCUAAACGCUGUUGAAGAUGGAGCCACUGCAUCCGAGCGAGUGGCGGAGAAGGAGAUACACCUGCCCUUCUGGAAGUUCUUCAGCAAGCCUAGUAACACUUUAAGUGAAUUUACUACAUCGUUGCCCGACUUCAAUGACCUCCCACAGGCGGUUCAUUUACUCACACUGGAACCCUACUCAAAGGAUGAGAUUUUGUUGCGCUUCGAGAACUUUUUGGAUCAAACGGAGGGCACUGUAGUUAGCUUCAACAUUCGAGAAAUCUUUGACGACUUGGAUGGUCUGGAGAUUCGGGAAACCACUUUGGAUGGCAACCUUCCUUUGAGCGAUAUGAAACGCCUUAAAUUCAAUCAUGAUGGUUCGGGUUCCAGCUCCUCAACUCCGGAGUAUUUCACUAGCCUACACAAACCUCUGUCAGCUGAAAAAUCAGAGGAUGCUUCAGCAUUCACUAUCACUUUAAAGCCCAUGCAGAUCCGUACUUUUAUCAUCAAGAAAGAGGUUGCCUAAUAAUAUAACCGAUGGAAAUAUGAGAAACUUUUAGUUUAUAAAGAACAAAUGGCAUUCUGAAA